AUGACAGGAAAGUUGAAAGAUAAAGAUAUGGACCAGCUGGAAGAGUGGAUAGGUACAAGUGUUAAAACAUUCACACUGCUCUAUGCUAUCACAAGAGAUGGAUGUAAUCAGACUAUAUUCCAUCAGAAAUGUAACAACCAGGGGCCUACAGUAACGGUGCUGUAUAAUCCACAGGGGUCGGUGUAUGGAGGAUACACGAAUUCUAGUUGGCAGAGUGCAGGAACGUACGUUAAUGAUACAAAUGCAUUCCUAUUCCAGUUACAUUACAGUAACAAACGAACAUACACGAAAUUCCCUUAUAAUCAAGAUGGAUAUGCCAUUUAUGAUGCAGGUUACGGUCCGAUAUUUGGAUCAGGUAACGACCUUUACACAUUCAAUGGAACUAUUUACGACUCUGGAGGUUACUUUGCACUUAACAGCGGUCUGAGCAUUGGGUCCAGUUACGACGCCCAAGGAAAAAGUAGUAACCAAAUCAACAAUGGAACAAUGAAUAUUACUGAACUAGAGGUGUAUAAAGUAGCUGAUGGUCAAAGAAAAAAGACUAAAGUGGAGUCUUGGCGUAAAACUAAGGGUUGGAACGAAAAGUUUUUGGACGAACUUACUGAAGAUAUUGUGUCAUUCAAACCACUUUCGGACUUGCAUAUCUCCGAGGCUCGGGUCCUGAUGAUCGGUCCAGUUGGAGCUGGAAAGUCGAGUUUCUACAACACCAUUAACUCCAUAUUCCGGGGCCGUAUCACACAGAGGGCAUGUAGUGGUAGUGCUGAGCAGAGUCUUACAACUGCUUACACUCCCUAUCUUGUGCGAGUUCGAUCCGGGGCUAACCUUAACUUCAAACUUUGUGACACACGUGGGUUAGAAGAAUCGCAGGGUUUGGAUGUACUCGAAUGUAACUACCUUCUUGAUGGAAAUAUACCGGAAUAUUAUCAGUUCAAUCCUGCAGCACCAAUAUCUCAAGAGACCGACGGAUUUAUAGCGAAACCAACACUUGAAGACAAAGUACACUGUGUGGUGUUUGUAAUGGACUCUACCACGCUUGAAGUGACACCAACAAAAAUCAUACAGAAAAUGAAAAGUUUUCAAACUCUUAUGAAUCAGAAAGGUAUCCCGCAGGCACUUAUUCUUACCGAAGUAGACAAACUCUGUAAAGAUGUAGAGAAAAACGUAUCACAAGUUUUCAAAAGCGAAACGGUAGAAGAACAUGUCGAGAAGGCGUCUCAGCUACUUGGUCUACCACGCGGAAAUGUACUUCCGGUGAAGAACUACGAAAAUGAGAUGCAGCUUGAAGAUAAUAUCAGUAUCUUGGCACUACUUUCUCUGCGGCAGAUUUUGUACUUCGCGGAAGAUUACAUGGAGAACAUGAUGGGCAAGAGAGCAGCUGCACAGCGGAAAACGGAAAAGAUGAAUGUUAAGAAAUAAACAAAACGGACACACUGAAAAAUCAGUUAGGAAGUAUAUAUUAUGAGGAUGAAUACCUCGACGCUUUCUCGAGCUUUGUUUGUAUUUGUUGUGAAUUUUUAGUUCGACAUGACGAAUGCCACAAGAGCUAUUGCUAUCACGUGACACCAGCCGUCGUCGUUGUAUGUACACACCUUUUUACGACGUUUUGCAAGUUCUAUAUCUUUAUUGUUAUCCCCCGCCGAAGGCAGAGGGAUAUAGUUUUGGCGUCGUCCGACCGUCCGUCCGUCCGUAGCCAUAUCUAGGAAGCGGUUUGGAAUAUUUAAAUAAAACUUCAUAUACAUGUUCACAACUAUAGGGAAAUGCGCCCAGAUUGCCCAAGUAACACCAGAGUUAUGGCUCUUAGUAAUUUCUAGUGUUAACAAUAUAUGGUACUAUAAAUACGUAAAUCUCUGCUAAGUUGUGACAUAUUUGACCUAGAACUAUAAAACUUAAAUUGAAUUUAGAUCACCAUAAUGUGGUAGUGCACACAUAAUUUCGUCAUGAUCUCUUUUGUAACAUCAGCGUUAUUGCCCUUUAAUUGUUUAAAAAUCCAAAUAUAUGUACAUAACAAACUAACCAAUUGAUAGAAUUUAAUUAA